AUGGAAAAAUCAUUCGUAAGUCUUUUUUUUGCAGUUACUUUGUUUAUUCACCUGAAGAGUAAUUGUGCCCCAGUCGAGGCUGGAGAUACUCUUUCGUUGGGCGCCUCGCUUAUUGGAAAUCGAACAAUUAUUUCAAAGAAUGGCACAUUUGAACUGGGAUUCUUCAGCCCAAACGGAAGCAACUGGUAUAUCGGGAUCUGGUAUGCCAAAAUACCAGAGAAGACGUAUGUUUGGGUGGCCAACAGGGAGACUCCCGCCAGAAACCGUUCUGGAGUUUUGAAGCUGUCAAAAGAAGGUAAUCUGGUACUGUUCGAUGCAGAGGGUGCUUCUAUUUGGUCAGUCAACACAACAUACAAGGCCUCCCGAGCUGUGAUAUUGGAUUCUGGUAAUUUUUUAAUGCUGAGCAAUGACAAUAAAUCUGACACUGUUUGGCAGAGUUUCGACAAUCCUGUAGAUACCUGGUUGGAAGGAAUGGUGUUCGGUGGACAGCAAAAGCUAAUCUCUUGGAAAAAUUCAUUUGAUCCUGCUCCUGGGCUUUUUUCUUUACAGGCGGAUCCGUCUGACGCCAAACAAUUGGUGCUGACAUGGAACAACUCUGUACAGUAUUGGAAGAGCGGGACUUGGGAUGGCAAAAUUUACAGUGGAGUUCCAGAAGUUGCAGACAAACGUUUCACAAAUUACAGCGUUGAAAGUAAUAGCUCAGGUUUGUUUGCAAGUUAUACGUUGAUUCCUCCCUUCUAUGCAGUCCUACGUCUUGUGGUGACUAAGUUCGGACAAGUGCGAGUGUAUGCAUUCGACGGCAGUAAUUGGGAAAUGUUAUGGUCGGUACCCAGAGAUGGAUGCGCCGUUUACGGUCCCUGUGGCGCAUACGGAACCUGCGACUCCAGAAAUCUUCAGCUCUGCAGCUGCGGGGAAGGCUUCAGACCCUCAGACAAUCGCGCCUGGCUUUCGCAAGAUUGGCCGUCCAGUGGCUGUGUUCGGCAGAGCCCAUUAAAAUGCGAUGCCAUAAAUGGUAGCGCUGACCGAUUCAUCGAUCUUGGUGUAACGGUGCCUGAUGAUUAUGCUUCCACAUACCCUGCAUCCACAAAGAAAGAUUGCCAGAAAGCCUGCCUCCGCAACUGCUCGUGCACCGCUUUCAGUUUCAAUCCGCCUUCAGAGCCCUGCCAAAUCUGGUCCGGAGAUUUGCUAAACAUGCGCAACUCUACUCCGUCUCAAAGCAAUUCAAAUGUCUUCAUUCGGGUAGGUGCCUCUCAACUUUCUAGGAAACGCAAAACCACAAUUCCUCUGGGCGUAGUGCUUGGUAUUGUUGGUUCACUCACCGUUGCUCUGAGCAUCUCUUCAAUUUUAAUUUGGCGGAGGUAUCAUCUGCGGUCAACAGAGAGCCGUGCAGACUCCUCGCACUCUUUUCUCACAAUGUUUAGUUACAAGCAGUUGAAAACUGCAACAAGAAAUUUCAGGUCUAAGUUGGGGAGCGGAGGAUUUGGGUCCGUGUACAAAGGAUCUCUACCAGACGGUACGCUUGUGGCCGUAAAAAAAAUGCAGGGGUCAAGACAAAAUGAGAAGCAAUUCCGAGCGGAAAUCAGUUCUCUUGGAAACAUACAGCAUGUCAAUUUGGUCAGGCUUCAAGGGUUUUGUGCAGAAGGAUCGAGGCGGUUACUGGUUUAUGAUUACAUGCCCAACGGCUCUCUAAAUUCCUUACUGUUCGCCAAUAAUUCCAAAAAUAAACGGGAAGUACUCAACUGGAAGACCCGGCUUGAGAUCGCACUAGGCAUUGCAAGAGGGUUACUUUAUCUCCACGAUGAAUGUAGGGAUUGCAUCAUUCACGGUGAUGUUAAGCCCGAAAACAUUCUGCUAGACAGUAAUUUGUCACCAAAGUUAGCCGACUUUGGAUUGGCAAAGCUCGUGGGUAGAGAUCUGAGCCGCGUUCUCACCACUACGAGAGGAACGAGAGGAUACUUGGCUCCAGAGUGGAUCUCCGGUCUUCCCAUCACUCCCAAGGUUGACGUCUACAGUUUUGGUAUGACACUCUUGGAAAUCAUUUCGGGGCGAAGAAAUAUAGAGUUAACCAUGCGAGAUUCAAGUAAGUUGUACUUUCCUUCAUGGGCUGCAACUCAAGUUCACCAGGGGAACUUGAUCAGUAUUGUUGAGGAGGGUGUUGCAGAGGCGGCAGACAUGGAAGAGGUGAGAAGAGCAUGUGUUGUAGCGUUGUUGUGCAUUCAACAGGACGAGGAAGUGAGGCCAAGCAUGAGGCAAGUGGUGCAGAUGCUGGAAGGGAAGAUGGAGCUUCAAACUCCGCAGAUUCCGAGCUCUGCGCUGAGGCCAGCACACCGAAGCAACACAAGCAGUUAUAGCGAUGGCUAUGGUACUAGUUAGAAUAAUGUAAUUAGAAUAAUGCAUUCUAGAAUGCAGAGGCGGAUUAUUGAGCUUUAGCGUUAGUGAACU